CUUGACCACGAAGGACGCUACAGCUCCCGUUAAGAUGGCUUCCCCCACUAUCAAGCUCAACACCGGCGCCGAAAUCCCCCUCAUUGGCCUUGGGACAUGGCAGUCAAAGCCUGAUGAGGUCAUCAAUGCAGUAGAAUACGCCCUCAAGGAGGUCGGGUACCGCCACAUCGACUGCGCUUGGGCGUACGGCAACGAGAAGGAGGUUGGCGAAGGCGUUCGUCGCUCUGGGGUCCCUCGCUCGGAGAUCUUCCUUACAAGCAAGUUGUGGUCUACGCACCACCACCGCGUCGAGGAGGCGCUUGACGAGUCGCUCGCAAACCUCGGGGUUGACUAUCUGGAUCUUUAUCUCAUCCACUGGCCGGUUCACCUCAACCCGAAUGGGAACGACCCCAAGUUCCCGACGCGCCCCGACGGAAGCCGCGACGUGCUCACAGAAUGGAAGAUCAGCGACACCUGGGCGCAGAUGGAGGCCGUGCUCGCGAAGGGCAAAGUGCGCGCGAUCGGCGUGUCCAACAUGUCCGAGAAGCUCCUCGAACGCGACCUGCUCCCGUACGCGAAGGUCGUCCCCGCUGUCAACCAGAUCGAGCUGCAUCUGUACAACCCGCAAGUUGGGCUCGUCAACUACCUCCAAUCGAAGGGCAUUGUGCCCCAGGCGUACUCCCCGCUCGGAUCGACGAACUCCCCCCUGCUGCAGGACGAGACGGCGAGCGCGCUCGCGCAGCAGUAUGGUGUGAGCACGGCCGACGUGCUGCUUGGGUACCUCGUCGCGAAGAACAUCGUGACGCUGCCCAAGUCCGUCACUCCCGCGCGCAUCAAGAGCAACCUCGAGGGUGCGGUCGCCGCUGCGAAGAAGCUGACGAAGGAGGACAUCGCGAAGCUCGACGGCGUUGCGGCCUCGGGCAAGCAGAACCGUCUUAUUCAACCGCCAUGGGGCGUUGACCUUGGAUUCGACAACUGGCCUGUGCGUGUGCAAGGGAAGUAGAGAUUCUUCGAAGAAAGAUAAACGCUGUAUUUUUGCCUCGAGAUGUAUCAUGUACUGGGCCUCAACUUCAUAUACAAUACCCAUCAGUGGGAGCUUAACCGCCAA